GCGGCUAAGCAGCCGCUGCAGACGUCGCGGCCGUACAACAUCGCGCACCGGGGCUCCAACGGCGAGCUCCCCGAGGAGACGGCGGUGGCGUACAUGCGCGCCAUCGACGAGGGCGCCGACUUCAUCGAGUCGGACAUCGUGGCCACCAAGGACGGCCACCUCGUCUGCUUCCACGACAUGACGCUGGACGACACCACCGACGUCGCCGACCACAAGGAGUUCGCCGCCCGCCGCCGCACGCUCGAGGUGCAGUGGGCCAACGUCACCGGAUACUUCAUCACUGAUUUCACGCUGGCCGAGCUCAAAACGCUGAGAAUGAAGCAGAGGUGGUCAUUCCGUGACAAAUCUCACGACGGUACGCGCACAUUAGUUCCAUCAGUAUUAAUUACCGAGACAAAUCAGAUGAUCCAUGCAUCUAGAUUAAUCCUGUUUGUUUGUCAUCAAGGCAUUUCUCCCAUCAUCACCUUCGACGAGUUCAUCAACAUCGCGCUGAACGCCAAGAGGGUCGUCGGGAUCUACCCGGAGAUGAAGAGCCCCGUGUUCAUCAACCAGCACGUGAAGUGGGCGGACGGGAAGAAGUACGAGGACAAGUUCAUCGCUACGCUGAAGAAGUACGGGUACGGGGGCAAGUACAUGACGAAGCGGUGGACGGAGAAGCCGGUGUUCAUCCAGUCCUUCGCGCCGACGUCGCUCAUCUACGCGGCCGACCUGACGGACUCGCCCAAGGUGUUCCUGAUCGACGACGUGACGGUGCGGACCGAGGACACGGACCAGUCGUACGAGGAGAUCACCUCGGACGAGUACCUGGACUACAUGAGGGAGUACGUGGUGGGGAUCGGGCCGUGGAAGGACACGGUGGUGCCGCCGACGAGGGACAACAAGCUGGCGACGCCGACGGACAUGGUGGCCAUGGCGCACGCCAGGGGCCUGCAGGUGCACCCCUACACGUACCGGAACGAGAACCGCUUCCUGCACUACAACUUCAGGCAGGACCCCUACGCCGAGUACGACUACUGGCUCAACAGCGUCGGCGUCGACGGCCUCUUCACGGACUUCCCCGCCAGCCUCCGCCUCUACCAGGACUGGACCGCCGCCAAGAACUGAUCGCCAAAACCAUACUUACACGACUACGUACGUACGUAGCCACACACAGGUUCAGAUAGGUUUCUCUCUUCUCAUUGGGUUGUUUACGGUUUCGCGCCAGGAGACAAAUUGAUCUCACGAUCGGAUUUUGCAUUGGCGAUACAUGGAUUCGUUACGUCGGCACUCGUUUCUCUUAUUUUCUCUCUGUCAUAUACUCUCCUCGUCCCAAAAUAAGUGACUCAACUUUAUACUAAAAUCUAGAGUUGAGUCACUUAUUCUGAAACGGAUGAGCCCUUGCCUUCUUCCGAAACAGAACCUGGCCGUGCAUCCUGCGACUGUGAUGGUGUCACCUGUUCUCAGUUACUGUUAGCUACCAGCGACAAUAUCAGGCCAUGUUUCUUCACAUUUUUCCUCAACUGGUGAGAGUUGUGUUCUCAGUUACUAUAGAUCUUUCUAACAAGAGAGGAAACAAAUCAGUAACAGAAGACAUAAAGGUGUCAACUGAACAGGAAGUUGCAAAUUCAUCUUGCGUUCCUGGUUCAAAUGACUACAUGCUGAAUUAUUUGCCAACAUCAUGACAUUUCUCCAUAUACAAGUUCACAGCAGAAAAACAAAGCAAACGACUCAAUAAAAUAUAAGAAGGAAAAAAGAAAAGGGCAAAAGGAAAAUAUCCGCACAAUCUUCAUGUAAAAUCAAUGACAUUGGACUUAGAUGUGCAGUACUUAGGGCACGUCUAGAUGUGUUUUAGCAAACCCGAAAUAUAUAUAUUCAUGUCAACACUUUAGAAGAUGAUAUAUAGAUAUGCUAUAUUUGCACGAGGAUAACAAAACUUUGUGGAUGCACUUCUCAAUAUUACCACAUUGAACAAUCUUGUAUUCCCUCCGUUCACAAUUAUAAAAUGUUUUGGAUAUUUCAAUAUGGACUACAUACGAACUGAAAUGAGUGAACAAACACAUUA